AUGACGACACAUCCUGUGUAAAGUACAGACCGAAACAAGCGGAGGUUAUUAAUACCGGUGUUAUAUGUUUAACAGCUCGAGUUUCUCUUGACACUUACACUUAUUUUAAAGCUUAUAUGGGGAUUUUGAUGCUGUUCAGGAUCUGAUAAAUAAAUAUAUUUUGGACACCGCUGCCUUACGUUUCAUCCGGACGCCAGUCUACACAGCCAAAUGAGCGGAGCAGCGUUUCCCUCCCCAACAGUGGAGAUGGCGGAGAUCAACCGUAUCCACUAUGAACUGGAGUACACUGAGGGGAUCAGCCAGAAGAUGCGCAUCCCACAGAUGCUCAAAGUCGCUCCUCAACCCCACGAUGAGCCCAGUGCUGGACUACAGGUGGCUCAUCCCAGUGUCAUCAUGCAAGUGCCAGAGAGAAUAGUAAUUGCAGGAGACUCUGCUGACCCCCAGUUCUCCAGGCCCAGAGACUUGGACCUUAUCCAGUCAACACCUCUUGAAACCCUGUCGCUUAAAACGCCUCCCAGAGUCCUCACCCUCAACGAGCGGCCCCUGGACUUCAUGGAGGAGGAGCAGCGUGCAGCACCAGACAGCGAGGAGGCRAUGCGACAGCACGGACGCUUGCGGCGAGAGCGCUCGGCCAGCGAGAAUGCAGCUCUCCGUCAUAACACUGUGGUUCACAAUGAUUCUGCUGCAGCUUCACACAUCCCAGCCACUGUCCAGCCACGCCCCUCUCUCACCGUGGCUGAAGAACACAAACUGCGCAGCACUAGCGGUGUCCUAUCUUUCAUCCAGUCCACAACACGUCGGGCCUACCAGCAAGUCCUGGAGGUCUUGGAUGAGAACCCACGCAGCAAACCAUCUCUGCGAGGGGGGUCGGCCUUGGGUUCCAGCCCCCUGCCUGAUUCCAGGCUUGCGUUAUCGACAUACGAAGCUCCUCUGGAAGGGACAACUGAUGACCUGACAGUCGUUGAUGCAACAACACUCAGGCGCCAGUUGAUCAAGUUGAACCGGCGACUCCAGCACUUGGAAGAGGAGAACAAGGAGCGAGCAAAGCGAGAAAUGAUCAUGUACUCCAUCAGCGUAGCAUUUUGGCUCAUCAACACUUGGGUGUGGUUGCGGCGUUAAAGCGGGUGUGUAUUUCUGCCCUUAGCAUGACAGAAAAUAUUCAUUAUUCAGUGUAUCAAAUGUUAGCUACUCGCUGCGACGUGCAAGGGGAAACUAGAACUUGCACGAGACCUGCUGCACUCAGGCUUGUUUUGAUUUUGUUUUGUUUAAAUGUACAGUUUUAUUUUUUUACUCCUAUUUCUUCAUGUUGGUUUUCUCUUGUUUAGCUUUUAUCUCAAUCCCACCCCCGUUGAUGACACUAWACAAGAUUUGUAAAUAGUUGCUUAUGGCACUUAAGUCUGUUGGAAGAUUUACAGAUAAAUUAAGGCCUGGUUCAUCAACGUAGGGAAAAAAAAUAGAGCUCUGUGUUGAUAACACUGAAAUUUUAAAGAUGGAGAAUAAAUAUGCAACUUGUGUUGGGAAAUGUAUUAAAACCUAGUAAAAAAAUCAUACCUGUCA